AUGUUGUCAUUGGGUAUCGUUCUGACCGAGAUACCUUCAAACAUGAUCCUUUACAGACUGUUUCUGUUUGGCGUCUCUGGUUUCAUUCCCGGUGGUCUAUGGACACUCUCUACAUGGUAUACUCGAUCCGAAACUGCCAAACGUGUCAUGAUCUUCUAUUUCGGCAACCAGAUCGGACAAGGUUCAGCCAAGCUACUCGAAUACGGCAUCCUUCAUAUGCAUGGCGUUGGCGGCCAGCCCGGUUGGUUUUGGCUAUUCGCUCUCAUGGGUGCCUUUACCGUUCUUGGAGGUUUCAUCUUUGGUUUCUGUCUGCCUGACUCUUUCCAAAACCCGCACAGUACCUUCUUACCCAGGUUUACUUGGUUCACAGAUCGGGAGCUGCAUAUUUUGCAGACACGCGUUCUGCUGGAUGAUCGCAUGAAAGGGAAGAAGAAAAAGUGGAUCGGUCGGGAUGAUUUUAAGAGAGCGGUAAGCUUAUAUACCAACUGGCGUAUAUGUGUUCAUUUAUUCAUCACAUUGUGCAACAAUGGCCCUCAACGCGCCUUUGACACCUACGCUCCGUCGAUAGUCACUAGUUUCGGAUUUGGCAGUCUCGUCAGCAAUGCAAUGGCUGCGGUUGGUUUAUUCUCACAAGUCCCCGUCAACCUCAGAGGCGAAACUGUCAUUAUAGACCUCCUUUGUCAUCUGCUAGGUUAUAUCUUCAACCGUGCCUUUACUGAAGUUAAUCUUCGUGGAGUCCGCUACUUCGGUGUUCUCCAUCAUAUUCCUUGUUCUUUGUCGUUCCAACUGGGCGUGCGAGAUGAUAAUAUUUCUGUGCCUAGUGUCAUCAUGGGCGCCAACGUCGCCGGCAUAUAUGGUGCGCAAAUCUUCCGAUCAGACGAUAGGCCGCUCUAUAGUCGGGGAUUUAGCAUAGCCAUUUCUGUCCUUUGUGUUGGCCUCAUUCUUGCCAUCAUUCGAUGGAUAGAUGAUACCGAGAGUACACGCAGUGCUCGCAUGAGUGUGGAAUCGCAAGUGUGGCGCUCUUAG